GGUAAAUUAGUCAACGCCAGCUAAGUUGUUUUAAAAUAAUUACUGGCGGAAAUAAAUUUCACAGCUAAGCAUUUGACGUGGCUAUCUUCGCUACACAGACAUAGAAGACAGAAACAUGAACAGAACCAGGACAUUCGUUUUCUAGACUCGGAUGAAACCAUAACCUCAGCGGCUGGGUUUGGGUCAACAAAUGAAGAAUGGAGAAGGAGCAACGCAACACUGUCGUUUUUAAUGCUUCAAAAAGAGAGCUGUUCACCGCCAACAGUGGCUACAAGUCCCUGCAGAAGAGGCUGAGGGCUCAGUGGAAGAUCCAAAGUUUUAAAGAUGAGCUGUCUCCGGAGAAGCUGAAGGGUGUCAAGCUGUGGAUAACUGCCGGCCCAAGAGAGAAGUUCACAGCAUCAGAGAUGGAGGUGUUGAAGCAGUACCUGAAUGGAGGAGGAGAUAUCCUUGUCAUGCUCGGUGAAGGAGGAGAAACAAAAUACGACACCAACAUCAACUUUCUCCUGGAGGAAUUUGGGAUAAUGGUCAACAAUGAUGCAGUGGUGAGGAAUGUUUAUUACAAGUACUUCCACCCUAAAGAGGCACUGGUGUCCAACGGUGUGUUGAACAGAGAGAUCAGUCGGGCUGCUGGCAAAGUGGUCACAGGAAUCAUUGAAGAGGAAAACUCUGGAAACAAUUCACAGGCUCUCACAUUCGUGUAUCCGUAUGGCGCAACGCUGAAUGUGAUCAAGCCUGCUGUGGCUGUCCUUUCAACUGGCUCAGUCUGCUUCCCCCUGAACAGGCCCGUCCUGGCCUUCUAUCAGGCCAAGGAGCGUGGCAAGUUGGCAGUGCUGGGUUCCUGUCACAUGUUCAGUGACCAGUACUUGGACAAAGAGGAGAACAGUAAAAUAAUGGAUGUUGUGCUCCAGUGGCUCAUGACUGAUAAUAUUCAGCUGAAUCAAAUUGACGCAGAAGACCCGGAGAUCACAGACUACAAUAUGUUACCAGACACAGGGCGCUUGUCAGAACAACUUCGAGUCUGCUUGCAAGAGGGCGAUGAAAACCCGAGGGACUUCACCUCUCUCUUUGAUAUGUCUUUACUCAAGUUGUCCACUGACACUUUACCACAAGUCAUCAGCUCUUAUAAGCAGCUACAUGUUAAACAUGAGCCACUCCAGCUGAUCACUCCACAGUUUGAGACCCCGCUGCCUCAGCUACAGCCCGCUGUCUUCCCACCUGCUUUCAGAGAUUUGCCUCCGCCCAUGCUUGAGCUCUUUGAUCUAGAUGAAGCAUUCUCCUCUGAGAAAGUGCGCUUAGCACAGCUCACUAACAAAUGUACAGACGAUGAUCUUGAGUUUUAUGUGCGGAAAUGUGGUGAAAUCCUGGGGGUGACUGCCAAGUUGGACAAAGACCAAAGAGAUGCCAAACACAUCUUGGAGCACAUUUUCUUCCAGAUAGUAGAGUUCAAGAAGCUCAAUCAGGAACAUGACAUCGACACAGAGGCACAAUUUCCCCUUUCUGAUUAGAUUCAUGCGACAUGGUAAAGUAGGUUUUCAGCUCCCAUCUACUCUCUCCUACAUCCUGACCCGGUCACUAAGGCUGCGCUCACACAGCAGUUAAAAGUGACCCAGUUGAUCUGGUCGCCUGUACUGUUCACAUUCAUCUUUUAUAUAUGUGGCCUGUAUCUGACAAUGUGAACAGAUCUGGAAGAACUAUAGCUUAAAGUUUCCCUUAUUGAAAAACGUUAAUAUCCUGAAUACAUGAGCUGCAGUAAAAAGGGGACAGAAAUAACAUGCUAGUAUAGUCUUUGCAUUAUCCAGACAUUUCUGAGUGAGCUGACACUGUAAAUAAAGUGUAAUUUUGUACUGAGAUGGAAAACCAAAUUCCCACAUCUUUAGCCUUUUAUACCUUAUUGUAUUUU